GCGACAGCUGUUCCACCACCAGAGCCAUGCACGUCAAGAGCCAAAAGCGAGCCAUUUAUUUUGCUAGAAGAGCAGAAAUAUGUGGUACCAACAUUUGAUCUGCAACGAAGGCUGGGCAAUGUAUUUGCACAGUUCAGAUAUCGAAAACUGUUCGAAAAAGAAUUCACCGUGGAGGGUUUUCUCAAUGGUGCAAUACAGGUUCUUCGUAACAGAGUUCAAGGGAGAAGCGCUGUCUUUGCUGUUUCAGUCGAUGAAGAAAGUGACUGUACAUUCGUUGUACAGUCUCUGUACAAGCGAAUUAUGACUGAAGAGGCUGUUAGUGAAUUGCAACAACGAUUUGAUCCAUUCGAUGAGGAUUACUUCAAACCAUUGAAUUUUUCGAUCAACGAUGUUAUCUGUUCAGUGAUCGAUUCCUCCUAUACAUGCGGCAAAAUGCAACCAGACAGUUUGUUUUCCUCAGAAUUUGUCGGGUUUUAG